GGCAUGGGCCCUUCCUCGCACCAGCAGCAGGAGUCCCCGCUCCCGACCAUAACGCAUUGCGCAGGGUGCACCACCGCCUGGUCUCCCUGCAGCUUUAACAGCCCUGACAUGGAAACCCCAUUGCAGUUCCAGCGCGGCUUCUUCCCAGAGCAGCCGCCGCCGCCGCCACGCUCCUCACACCUGCAUUGCCAGCAGCAGCAGCAGAGCCAGGACAAGCCGUGCCCGCCCUUCGCGCCCCUCCCGCACGCUCACCACCACCCGCACCUCGCGCACCAGCAACCGGGCAGCGGCGGCAGCAGCCCAUGCCUCCGGUGCAACAGCUGCGCCUCCUCCGGUGCCCCGGCGGCGGGGGCGGGGGCGGGGGAUAACCUGUCCCUGCUGCUCCGCACCUCCUCGCCCGGCGGCGCCUUCCGGACCCGCACCUCGUCGCCGCUGUCGGGCUCGUCGUGCUGCUGCUGCUGCUCCUCGCGCCGAGGCAGCCAGCUCAAUGUGAGCGAGCUGACGCCGUCCAGCCAUGCCAGUGCGCUCCGGCAGCAGUACGCGCAGCAGCCCGCGUCCGCCUCCCAGUACCACCAGUGCCACAGCCUGCAGCCCGCCGCCAGCCCCACGGGCAGCCUCGGCAGCCUGGGCUCCGGGCCCCCGCUCUCGCACCACCACCACCCUCCGCACCCGGCGCACCACCAGCACCACCAGCCCCAGGCGCGCCGCGAGAGCAACCCCUUCACCGAAAUAGCCAUGAGCAGCUGCAGGUACAACGGGGGCGUCAUGCGGCCGCUCAGCAACUUGAGCGCGUCCCGCCGGAACCUGCACGAGAUGGACUCAGAGGCGCAGCCCCUGCAGCCGCCCGCGUCCGUCGGAGGAGGUGGCGGCGCGUCCUCCCCGUCUGCAGCCGCCGCCGCCGCCUCGUCCUCGGCCCCCGAGAUCGUGGUGUCUAAGCCCGAGCACAACAACUCCAACAACCUGGCGCUCUACGGAGCCGGCGGCGGCGGCGGCGGCAGCGGGCACGGCAGCAGCAGUGGUACCAAGUCCAGCAAAAAGAAGAACCAGAACAUCGGCUACAAGCUGGGCCACCGGCGCGCCUUGUUCGAAAAGCGCAAGCGGCUCAGCGACUACGCGCUCAUCUUCGGCAUGUUCGGCAUCGUGGUCAUGGUCAUCGAGACCGAGCUGUCGUGGGGCGCCUACGACAAGGCGUCGCUGUAUUCCUUAGCUCUGAAAUGCCUUAUCAGUCUCUCCACGAUCAUCCUGCUCGGUCUGAUCAUCGUGUACCAUGCCAGGGAAAUACAGUUGUUCAUGGUGGACAAUGGAGCAGAUGACUGGAGAAUAGCCAUGACUUAUGAGCGUAUUUUCUUCAUCUGCUUGGAAAUACUGGUGUGUGCUAUUCAUCCCAUACCCGGGAAUUAUACGUUCACAUGGACAGCCCGGCUUGCCUUCUCCUAUGCCCCAUCCACAACCACCGCUGAUGUGGAUAUAAUUUUAUCUAUACCAAUGUUCUUAAGACUCUAUCUGAUUGCCAGAGUCAUGCUUUUACAUAGCAAACUUUUCACUGAUGCCUCCUCUAGAAGCAUUGGAGCACUUAAUAAGAUAAACUUCAAUACACGUUUUGUUAUGAAGACUUUAAUGACUAUAUGCCCAGGAACUGUACUCUUGGUUUUUAGUAUCUCAUUAUGGAUAAUUGCCGCAUGGACUGUCCGAGCUUGUGAAAGGUACCAUGAUCAACAAGAUGUUACUAGCAACUUCCUUGGAGCAAUGUGGUUGAUAUCAAUAACUUUUCUCUCCAUUGGUUAUGGGGACAUGGUACCUAACACAUACUGUGGGAAAGGAGUCUGUUUGCUUACUGGAAUUAUGGGUGCUGGUUGCACAGCCCUGGUGGUAGCUGUAGUGGCAAGGAAGCUAGAACUUACCAAAGCAGAAAAACACGUGCACAAUUUCAUGAUGGAUACUCAGCUGACUAAAAGAGUGAAAAACGCAGCUGCCAAUGUACUCAGGGAAACAUGGCUAAUUUACAAAAACACAAAGCUAGUAAAAAAGAUAGAUCAUGCAAAAGUAAGAAAACAUCAACGAAAAUUCUUGCAAGCUAUUCAUCAAUUAAGAAGUGUAAAAAUGGAGCAGAGGAAACUGAAUGACCAAGCGAAUACCUUGGUGGACCUAGCAAAGACCCAGAAUAUCAUGUAUGACAUGAUUUCCGACUUAAAUGAAAGGAGUGAAGACUUCGAGAAGAGAAUUGUUACCCUGGAAACGAAGUUAGAGACUCUGAUUGGUAGCAUCCACGCCCUCCCUGGGCUCAUAAGCCAGACGGUCAGACAGCAGCAGAGGAAUUUCAUUGAGGCUCAGAUGGAGAACUACGACAAGCACGUCACCUACAACGCUGAGCGGUCCCGGUCCUCGUCCAGGAGGCGGCGGUCCUCCUCUACAGCGCCACCAACUUCAUCAGAGAGUAGCUAGAAGAGAAUAAGUUAACCACAAAAUAAGACUUUUUGCCAUCAUAUGGUCAAUAUUUUAGCUUUUAUUGUAAAGCCCCUAUGGUUCUAAUCAGCGUUAUCCGGGUUCUGAUGUCAGAAUCCUGGGAACCUGAACACUAAGUUUUAGGCCAAAAUGAGUGAAAACUCUUCUUUUUUUUCUUUCAGAUGCACAGGGAAUGCACCUAUUAUUGCUAUAUAGAUUGUUCCUCCUGUAAUUUCACUAACUUUUUAUUCAUGCACUUCAAACAAACUUUACUACUACAUUAUAUGAUAUAUAAUAAAAAAAAAAGUUAAUUUCUGCA